CAUGCCCCGCCCCGCUCGGCCCGCAGGCGCGGCGCGGCCCGGCCAUGCCGGCCAAGAGGAAGCCGGUGCUGCCGGCCCUCACCAUCACUCCCAGCCCCGCCGAGGGACCCGGGCCCGGCGGCUCCGCAGAGGCUAACCUGGUGGACCUUCAGAAGAAGCUCGAGGAGCUGGAGCUGGAUGAGCAGCAGAAGAAGCGCCUGGAAGCUUUCCUCACGCAGAAAGCCAAGGUGGGAGAGCUGAAAGAUGACGACUUCGAGCGGAUCUCCGAGCUGGGGGCUGGCAACGGUGGUGUGGUCACCAAAGUGCAACACAAACCCUCAGGGCUCAUCAUGGCACGGAAGCUGAUUCAUUUAGAAAUCAAACCAGCCAUCAGGAAUCAGAUUAUCCGAGAGCUGCAGGUGCUGCAUGAGUGCAAUUCCCCAUAUAUUGUGGGUUUCUAUGGAGCCUUCUACAGCGAUGGAGAGAUUUCCAUCUGCAUGGAGCACAUGGAUGGUGGCUCUCUGGAUCAAGUGCUGAAAGAAGCCAAAAGAAUUCCCGAGGAAAUACUGGGGAAAGUCAGUAUAGCGGUUCUGAGAGGUUUGGCGUAUCUGAGAGAGAAGCACCAAAUCAUGCACAGAGAUGUGAAGCCUUCCAACAUCCUGGUUAACUCCCGAGGAGAGAUUAAGCUGUGUGAUUUUGGGGUCAGUGGUCAGCUCAUUGACUCCAUGGCAAACUCUUUUGUGGGAACUCGAUCCUACAUGUCUCCUGAGCGGUUGCAGGGCACUCAUUACUCAGUCCAGUCCGACAUCUGGAGCAUGGGUCUGUCACUGGUGGAGCUGUCUAUCGGAAGGUACCCAAUACCCCCGCCAGACUCCAAGGAACUGGAAGCAAUAUUUGGCCGUCCUGUGGUGGACGGGGCAGAGGGAGAAUCUCACAGCGUCUCGCCGCGGGCCAGGCCCCCAGGACGCCCCAUCAGUGGCCAUGGAAUGGACAGCCGGCCUGCAAUGGCCAUCUUUGAACUGCUGGACUACAUAGUUAAUGAGCCGCCUCCCAAGUUGCCAAAUGGAGUUUUCACACAAGAUUUCCAGGAGUUUGUAAAUAAAUGCUUAAUUAAGAAUCCAGCGGAACGGGCAGAUCUGAAGAUGCUGAUGGUAAAUGGGAAGAGCAAUCUUCUUUCUACAGUGGGUGGCACCAGAUCUGCAAGCUGCUGCCUCAUCCCAUCCCUUCCAGCCUCCCCUUGCUCUAAAGGCUGGAAACUUCCCUGGCUGAGCCUGAGAACCAAGUCCAGCCUGGGAGAGGGAGUGACUCACUUGCCUUUGACUCAAAGGCAGUGAUGUCAUCUAACCCCUGAGAGCCUGAUGCCCUUCCCCAGCAGAGCCCAGGAUGGGAACCUAAUGGCUCUAGCACCUCUCUGUGGCUGUGAAGGUGCCUGGGACAAACCUUUGCCUCUUGAGCAGGGUAGAAGAGCUGUUUAUCCCUGUGAACCUCACUUUUUCUUCCUCAGCCUAGUGCUGAGCCACAGCUGGCUGCCUCCCACUGCCCCUUGUAAAGGCAGCAGCCCACAUCCUCAUGUCCUUGUUUUGUGGCCACCCUGCUGUGCCUCUGCUCCUCCCUGCCCCAGGGAUGUCAGCUGGAGGGGGAUUAGGGUUUGCUCUCCAGGAGCAAACUGGACAGGGCUGAGCUCAGGAGCUGCAGCUCUGAACCCACACCAGGUUUGUCCUGUUUCCACCAUAGAAUUUUGGUUUGCUCUGGGGAUAGAGCAUGCAGGCUUUGUACCUCCACUCUUCUGUGUGCCCUGACUGCUUCAUGGCCAGGCACAAGAUGCACUGA